AUGGAUCUACAAAAGACUCCUUUCGUAAAGGAGCUCGCCUCCAGUGACAGACGCACACGCGACAAAGCCACAGAAUCACUUACUCUAUUCCUCCGCUCCAGAACCGACCUUACGCUCCUUGACCUCCUAAAGCUAUGGAAGGGACUUUUCUUCUGCUUCUACCACUCCGACCGCCCCCUCACACAACAAGCCCUAGCCCGCAACCUCUCGUACUCGCUCGUCCCGACUCUGCCGCGGGCAACAUUACAUCGCUUCCUGCGCGCCUUCUGGGUCACCAUCGGCCGCGACUUCCACUCGCUCGACCGUCUGCGCCUGGACAAGUACCUCUACCUGAUCCGUUGCUACGUCGGCGUCGCAUUUGAGAUCUUCCUCAAGGCGAACAAGCAGCAGCAGCAGGAAGCCGCAGCCACCAACGGCAGCGCCAGCGGCAAGAAGCGCAAGCGCGAACAACAGGCCGCCAAGCAGAAGAAGCGCUCGAAAGCGGGCAAGGAGGAGAAAGCCGAGGCAACCGUCGGAGACGUCGACGGCGAGGAAGGGCAGGCGCAGAAUGGCGAGGGCGACUGGGCCGAGCUUGAGUCGUACCUUACCAUUAUCGAGGAGGGUCCGCUGUGCCCGCUCAACUUCGAUCCGGACCAGCCGCCUGCCGAUGAGAAGAACCCGAACUAUGUGCCUAUGCCCCAUGGACCGGAUGGGCUUCGCUACCACGUGCUGGAUAUCUGGGUCGAUGAGUUAGAAAAGGUGCUGGAGUUUGAGGAGGAAGAGGGGCAGAGUGAAGAAGCGACGAAGACCCGGAAAGUCAAGGGCAAGGUUCCCGUUGAGCUUCUACUACGCCCGAUCGAAAAGUUGCGCAAAGAAAGUGCUUUCAAGCCCGUGAGAACGAGGGCGGCGGAAACCUUGAAUGACGACCGGUUGUUUGAAUGGGGAUUCAGAGCUAGAGAAGUCGAGGACGAGGAUGAUGACGAUAGUGAACAGGAAUGGGGCGGAUUCGCCGAUGAUUAA